AAGUGACUAGACAAAUUUCUUUAGCCAACUACAGAUAUAUCAUAACCCAUAUAAAUUUUUACUUAAAAAUCAUACGUAAAACCUACUAAACUUAAAAAUCCAGGGACUACAAUAAAACAAAGACAAUUAAAAACGUGUAACUGAAUUAAUAAAAUGUUCAAAGAGUGAAAGAAGAACUAAAGUAAAUCCAACAAAAAAAACAGUAAAAGUACAAAAAAAGACAAAACGACCAAGCAAUAUUCCAAUCAAUUCCUGCAACAAGAAAAAAAAUGUUCUUUAAAUAUUACUUUUUAAUUUUUCUGAUUUGUGUGCUGCAUCAUUACAUUGCUCCUGUCGCCAGCAAUGCUUUGCGUCCCGGUUCUGGUCUAUCUUUGUCGCUGCACAAUUGCAACAAAGAUAAGUUGUUUCAAUUUCCGGAUUUCAAUGCCAUCACAGACUUAAAUGUUCAUCAUUGCUAUAUACCCACCUUGGAGAAUGCAUUUUUCAUACGCUUCACUGCCCUUACCAAUUUGGAAAUCACCGACAGUCAACUGUCGUUUUUGGAAGAUUAUGCAUUUCAUGGCUUAAAACAUUUGCGUUCAUUAUCUUUGGCUCAUAAUAAUUUAACUCAUGUUAAAUCAUGGUCCAACGAACAAAUGUCCUCGUUAAUAAGUUUGGAUUUAAAACGCAACGCUAUAAGGCAACUUACUCUAAAGAGUUUUUCGCGUUAUCCCAAUUUACAGCGUUUAAAUUUGUUGGGUAAUCUUUUGGAAGACAUCGAUGAUGGUAUAUUUCGUUGGAUGCCUCAUUUAAAAUAUUUAAAUUUGGGUAGAAAUCGUUUAAUCGCUUUGGAGAAUCGCAACUUUCAUGGCAUGCAUCGUCUGUCGUAUUUGGCUUUGCAUUUUAAUGCUAUCGAAGAUAUUGAGGAUGAAUCGUUUGGCACUAACUCCCACUUGAGGACAUUACGUUUGGAGGGGAAUAAAUUAACGGAUUUGGAUUUUUUGAAAGUUAAAAGUUUAACGCGUUUGCAGCAUUUGAAUUUGUCAUUCAAUGAGUUGGCAACACUGGAUGACAUGACUUUUUCAAAGGAUUUUGAAAUUGUUGAUUUGGAUUUAUCCUAUAACCGUUUAAUGGAAAUACAAGAGGAUGUUUUUCUCGGCUUGGAAGCAUUGGUGAACCUUAACAUCAGUCACAACUCCAUACGCCACAUUGCACCCAAAACAUUCGAUGAGCUACCUAGUCUGGAAUUUCUUGAGCUAAAUCACAAUGAGUUAUCUCAUUUACAUGCUGACAUUUUUAAUGUUACCAGUCAACUGCAAAGCAUUAAUUUAUCACAUAACAAACUCAGCAGCAUCGAUCCAACACUCUUCUCUUCGUUGGUAUAUUUAAAAUCGUUGGAUUUAUCACAAAAUCAAUUGUCUAAUGAUGACUUUAUCGAAAAUCUGGCCUUAGAGUUACAAUGUCAUGAAUUACGUUUAAAUCUCAGUGAUAAUCACUAUCGUAUUGUUAACAUUUCAUCACUGUUGACAUUCGAACAAGUGGAGUUGGCCGGCAAUUGGUGGAGUUGUAAAUGGUUGAUAAAGGAAAUGUUGAAAAUACCCAAAUCAAUUAAUUUUGGUCGCACUUAUGCCGUACACACCGAUUGGAGUUUGGCUAUGUUGGACACGAAAGGUAUUAACUGUUAUGAUGAGGAUUCGAAAAGGAACAUAAUUAUUUUGGAUACUAGCAGGGUGUGGGAGCAGAAAUUUGAACAGAUGAAGUGUUCGCAGCCUUCAAAUCUUGAGGUGCAACCCUCUCCACCGCCUCUUAAUUGGCCACGCAUUAAAUUGGACCGUUUUGACUCUCGCUCGGUGGUUAUUUGGAUGUUGAUUGCUAUAGCCAUAGCCUUCUCUGCUUUGAGAAUUGGCCGUAAAUUGGUGGACCAAAAGGAGAGACAAAAAAGUUAAGAGAAUUAAGGGAAAAGCAAAAGGGACAAUUCGAAAAGGAGAGUUUAACAAAAUGCUUUGAGGAUGCUGAUAUCGAUAGUCCUCAGAGUUCAGAAGAUACACUAAAUAAUUUAAAAAAAUAAGUUAAAGUUAGUAUUUAGAUUUUUAAAAGUAUUUAUUACGAAGAAAACUUUCGAUAAAGAAAAUAGACUUAAAUAAAGAAAAUUUUAGGAAUUAAUUAAGAUCCCUAGAUCCGCAAAAACAA